CACCCCCUGGGAGCAAGCAAAUUCUAAACUUCUACGUGGAGCUCAAACAAACAAAUAAUGGCUAAAAAUCCGAAAAAGGAUGACGAUGCCAGUAACGACUGGGCUCAAAGUGAUGAGGACGAUAACUGGGACGACUGGGGUGAUGACGAGGACAAGUUCGUUCAUGUUGAGAAGGAACAACAGCCGGAGGAGAAAGUCUCGAGCAGAAACGACGCAAAAGCAGUAGUGGAAAAUCAAGAAAAGUUGGGAUCUCCAGGAGCUCCUCCAGCCACGACGCCCGCCUCAUCGUCCUGGGGUCUGUGGGGUGGAAAACUUAGUUCUGUUCUGAGCACCGCCACAGAAGGACUGGGAACGAUAACCACACAAGUUAACCAGGGUCUGAAUCAGAUCAUAGGUGUGCCCGAUCCCGAGGAACUAGCUCGUAUUAAUGUAGCCGAAAAGGCGGAAAAGGCUGCCAGGGAUUCACCAGAGGAAAAGGAACAGACUCCUGAGGAACCAAUCGAAGAUGAAAAUGAAAAUGCAGGAUUUGGCCUCGGUUUCGUCACCAAUCUCGGGACCAAGGUUCUAAACACUGGGCUAGACACACUGGAAGGCAUUGGCAAGAAGACUAUGACCAUCCUGCAGGAUAACGAUCCUAAGCUUAUGAACAAGAGAAAACUUCUCGGCCUGGAGACCAACUCACCCAAUCUUAGUGCCGUUCUUUUGGAGGCGAAGAAAGAUGCCGACCAAAUGGAGCAAUCCCUGCAGCAGCUGCAGUUGGAGAGGCAGAAGGCUCAACUGCGAUUCGAGGUCUUGUUCGAGCACUACUGCGGCCUAGUGCAUUUCGAGGCAUUGGAGAUCCUGUCCAAGGAAUCCCGCCUCAAGCUAGACACGCUCUUGGAUGCUGUCAGUGGCAGUGCCCUUGCUGAACUGCAAGAGACCAUAAAUGAGGUGAAGGAGCUGCUGGAACUGGAAGAUCUGGAUGUGGAGAGCGAGGGCGAUUACGAAGCGGAGGAAUUGAGCGAGCGACUGGCUGCCACCAUUAAGGACGCCGAGCUGGGAAUUCAGUUUGAGGAUAUAGCUAAACACUGGACACAGUCCCUUGAUUGGCUAAGCUCGGAAGAAGCAACUUCCAGCGAUCUGGAGCAGGCUUAUGCUAAAAGCAUCCACGCCCUGAGCGAAGCAUGCGCCCUCGAGGUGUGCAAACUGCACAAGAUCGCCGAGCUGUUGCUGGUAAAACCACAUCACAGCACUGCCAACGAAGUGGACGGCGUGGUCAAUCUCUGCCAGCAGUUUAAUGGUCACCUCCAAGGACUUAGUCACCGUUACGCUGCCGUUCUGAGCAGCAAACCGGAACCGGAAGAAGCCAAGGCCCGCGUCAGUACAUUCUUCUCCGAAAUGCUAUCUGCCGUGCAGUUCAUCGAAAAGGCAUACAAACUAUUCACGCCCAUUCUGCAAAUGGGCGCUGUCUAGACGGAUUUAAAUUUAUUGUUGUACUUUCUACUUUUACGAUUGCUUGGUUUAUGUCUCUAACUCACUUGUUUUCCAUAUAAAUGUGUAAAAAUUAUAAAUUAUUGCGAUGCAAAAUGCUUGUGAUAACAUUCCA